AUGUUGCUACAAUCACUGUGGUUGCUUAAAAUUUCGUGGGACACGCCCCUUCCAGACUCAGUUGUUGAACCUUGGGUCAGUAUCCGGUUAGAGAUCCAUGGAUUCGCUGAUGCGUCUAAGUCAGCCUACGCCGCUGUCGUCUACACCCGCAUGGUUGUAGAAAAUGUUGUUCACGUGUCGCUUCAAAUAGCCAAGACCCGAGUUGCCCCCCUUAAGGUGCUGAGCAUUCCUCGGCUAGAGUUGUGCGGUGCACAUCUACUGGCUAAAGUCGUAAGACACUUUACUGAUAGCUGUCCUUAUGAUGUAGUUCCCAUCCAUCUGUGGACGGAUUCUCUUAAUGUCCUCCACUGGCUUAACGCUCCGCCGUCAAAGUGGCCGGUCUUCGUAGCCAACAGAUGUUCAGACAUCCACCACUUGAUGCUGAGCGUUAAAUGGCAUCACAUCUCCUCAAAACAGAACCCAGCUGAUCUGUCUUCUAGAGGCAUUCUCCCUAGUCAGCUAAUUGCCAAGCAGUUGUGGUUUCAUGGCCCAGACGUGUUGCAUGAGACUGAUUCCCAGUACCCUGACCUGAAACUUGAAGUCAUCGAGCCGCCUCCCUCAUUCAACCUCGUAGCAAGUUGUUCGGAAAAGGAGCCUGACUCCUUCGUUACCUCGCUCCUUAGCCGUUGCUCUCAUUGGUUCAGGUUAACACGGGUCACGGCUUACGUCCUGCGUUUCGCUUAUCGAUGUCUUGGUAGACUGAGGCAGUCAUCCUUAACUACAUCUAUACAGUCCACUGACCUGAGUUUCAUCAAACGUGAAGCUUUUGCUCGAUGCAUUUAUUCAAGCUUGACUACCAUUGAGUUAGAAUCGGCGUCUCUGCUUUUGAUCUUUGAUCAUCAACAGCGUCAUUUUGCUCAUAACAUUGCCGUCUUGAGACGCAACGCUAAUCUGCCCAUUAGUCAACAGGAGCAUCUUCCUGCCUCGAGCCGUUUGCGUAAGCUCGCUCCUUUUCUCUCUGAUGGAUUGUUACGAGUUGGAGGUAGGCUAAGUAACGCUUUGCUCGACUCUAACGCGAAACACCCACUAAUCUUGUUUGGUAGAGAUUCUCUCACCCUGUUACUUGUUAAACGCUAUCAUCUUCUUACUCUUCACGGUGGUAACCAAAUAACUUUGACCGCUCUUCGUCGAAAGUACUGGGUACUAAAUGGUCGUCAGAUUGUAAGUUCUGUGCUGUCUCACUGCUUGACCUGUCGCCGGUAUGCUGCACAGCCACAAACGCAGUUGAUGGCAGAUCUGCCAGCUGCAAGAGUAACUCCCUCACCAGCAUUUUUAAGAACUGGUGUGGAUUACGCCGGUCCUUUUCCUGUUCGUUUAGCAAAGCACCGCGGGAAAGGCACCUUUAAGGGCUACGUUGCGGUCUUUAUUUGUAUGGUCACGAGAGCUGUACAUCUGGAGGUCGUCGAGGACUACACUGCCGACUCUUUCAUAGCGGCCUUCCUACGUUUCACGUCUCGUCGUGGCCAGUGCUCCAAUCUCUGUAGUGAUCGAGGCACUAACUUUGUGGGGGCUGAUCGGGAGAUGAGCAAAAUGUUGAUGGAUCGUCAUAAAAACGUCUCCUUUGCCGAUGCUCUCUGCACCCUUGGAACGCAAUGGCACUUCAACCCCCCUUUAGCCCCCCAUUUUGGUGGUUUAUGGGAGGCUGCAGUCAAAUCGACGAAAUUCCACCUUAAGAGAGUCAUCGGAAACCAACCUUACCUUCGUCGAAUUUUCCACGUUGUUAUGUAG